AACCGAGCAGACAGUUUCCAGUAGAAACACAUGGCUACAGCUCACUCUUGGCAUUCAUACACAAAUGGGUACUGCUGCUCAGCAGGUGUUGGGUUAUGUGAAACCGGAUAGGCUAAUGGUUACAAAUAAGGUUGUCUGUGAACGUCACACAAACAGAGGUACUACUAUAUCACCCUGAGCCAUCCACAGGCACUGGUGUGUGAAGGUAUAGGAGCAAGCAUUAUCGUUCCUGGAGAUUGCUGUGUCCAUGUCUGUUCUCCAUGGAUAAGAGUGUGGUGAGAUUCAGCCACUGCAACAAGGAUAUCUUUUGUUUCUUCGUGCCGGAGGAAUGCCCCGAGUGUGGGCUUAGCUUUAGCGGCCGGAGACUGGAGGAGGCGCCCGUUAGCAUACCUAACCCUUUCUGCAAUGGACACAAAUCUCCAUGCUCCUUCCUGGUGUCUCCAACAGAUGAAAACAAACUCAGAGACUUUGAUGGAGGAUCUGAUCUUCAUACAGGCAUCACCAACACUAAAGGUGUAGUGUUUAACUAUACCAAAACGGGAGUGCGCAGAGAUUACCAGGGCUGGGAGAGAUGCAUCAGCAUUCCUCUAGUGCAGCCUGACAUGUACAACCUCAUAGACCAGUGGGAUCAGUACCUGGACAAGUUCUCCACUGCCCAGAUGUGGGACCCAGUCUGGCAAAGCUUUAAUGAGGAGUCCCACAACUGCUACAACUACACACUCAUGUUCAUAAACUGUGUGUUAGCAACUCAGGGCAAACGUGCCCUCAGCAAAGACGAGUUCACAAAGAGCUUUGUGCUUCCUCGGAUAAAGCGGGCCUCUAAAUACACCACCCUCUGCAGAGAGAUCUCCCAGAACCACUUCUAUAUUGUGGACAGUCCUCAGAAGGAGACCAGAGAGACAGAUGCUGAUGGCAAGACUUGAUAUUGGGAGGACUGUUAUUGGGCCCAUGCUGCUUUCAUAAUGCCAUGUAUGAACUUGACCUCAUCAGGACCGUAAUGGUACAUCCAGACUGACCAAGUGUGGUGUACUGUACAUGCUUAUCUGUGCCUAUCCAUAAACAAUAACUGGUUCAUUAUAUCUGAUUUCAAUGACAGUCUUACUGUAAUGUAACAGACCUAUAGAGGUGUACAA